GACACCGUAGUAGAGAGGUUAAGGGUAAUGCAACGCAAGUUUUGUGUUGUUGGGUUUUUUUAAUUAAAAACAAACAAACAGACAUUUAAAUUAUAUUAUAUACAUAUCAGACUACUUAUAUAGAAUUAUUUAGAUUAAAAAAAGCAAGUAAAAGGGUUAAAAUAGCACGUUUUUGAUGGUCAUUUUAAGCGUUGUCCAGGGUUCAUAGUGAGGAAACAAGAUGGCCGCCGAUGAGUGACAAGCGCUGCGUUUUUGUUGUACGUUUUUUGUAAAGAAAGUCUAUAUUUUUCGACAAUAGUUUCGUUAAUACAUGUUUAAUGUUGUCGUGGAUGUAUUAUAUGCGCGUAUAAUUUAAUAUAAGUGGAGAAUUUUAACAUUUCUUAAGCACGUGCAUCUUAAUCCCAACGUGAUUUGGACAGAAUGGCAGCGGUCACAGCUAAACGUGAAGGUCCACAAUUCAUCAGCGAUGUGGCGGUGCGAGGGAACACGGCGGUGCUGGAGUACUGCCGAACUUCCGUUUCCGCUCUCUCCGGAGCGACAGCGGGCAUCCUGGGCCUCACCGGAUUGUAUGGCUUCAUCUUCUACUUCCUCGCGUCCUUCUUACUGUCCGUGCUGCUCAUCCUUAAAGCCGGCCGACGGUGGAACAAGUGCUUUAAAUCCAGACGCCUGCUCUUUACCGGAGGUCUCGUGGGUGGAUUGUUCACCUACGUGCUCUUUUGGACUUUCCUGUACGGAAUGGUGCAUGUGUACUGAUGAGCAACACUACUGCAGAUGUGCAUAGGUUAAGAAAUUACUGUUCAGCAUGAUGAUGAUGAUUAUUUCCUUUCUCCUUUGUAUUUGAUUGCACUGAAGUGACUCUGGGCAUAAAGGUCAAACCAAGGUCCAGCUUGAAGUCAUAAACCAGAUCUGUUUUAGUUAUUCAUUCUUCAGUAACGGUUUUUAUCCGUGGACAGGGUUGCGGUGGAUCUGGAAUCUUUCCUGGGAAUACAAUGUGAAUGAGAUGCCAGUCCAACACAGGACACAAUGCGCACACACAUUCACACUGAGAGACAAUGUCGCAGUCAGUCCACCGACUGGCAUGUUUUUGGGAGAUAGGAGAUGAGCAGUGAACCUGGAGGAAGCCCACACAGACAUGGAGAACAUGUGAAACCACUUACACACACACUAACCCAGGCUUGAACCACAGACCCUGGAGCUGUGAGGCAGUAGUGCUACCUGCUGUGCCACCUUGAUACAAGAUGUGCAUGAGAAAUGUCGAUACGUUGUUUGAGUAAGCAUUUAGCAUACUUACUUAUUUUAGAAAUGGUAGCUUUAUUUUCUGAGAGUCGGAGAAGAAACAAAUCCUCAUUCCGUCACUAAAAUAUAAAUUAACUAUCGAACAACUCCUGACUUGCGUGCCAAUGUGUGUGAAUAUUGCUGUGGUUUCUUCUAAAUAAAUAAAUCACUCAUAUGA